AUGGCCGACAAACUUCACAACGCCAUACGAUCCUUGUCCAUCGAAGAUGAUGAUCCGGUAACAUUACCAGACGAUCCGAAAUUCCGGGUUUUUGAUGCUAACGCUACCAGUUUGAUGGGGAGGCUUUUGAAUCCGGAUUGCCAACCAAUGGCCAAGAUGAUCAACUAUAUGCCCACGGCUUGGAGAGUGCAUGGUAGGGUACGAGGGAUUGCCCUUUCUCGUGACAGAUUCCAGUUUAUCUUCCAGCGGGAAGAGGAUCUCUUAACUGUCUUAAGAGAUCGGCCUUGGUCUUACAACCACUGGACAAUGCUCUUGGAGAGAUGGACCCCAAAUCCGCCAGCCUCGUUCCUUACAUCUUUGGACGUCUGA